AUGAAAGAAUGGAUUGGAUAUGAUUGCUCUCUAAAGCUUCUAUACAGAGCAUCUAAAAGCGGAAAGAAUAGCUAGAAGUUUCACUUUAUGUGUGAUAAUAAGGGUGUUACUUUAACAGUAUUCAAAGUAGGUUCAAACUUCGUCUUUGGAGGAUUUACCAAUGUCAAAUAGCACACUCCUAAUGGAAAAUAUCCGACAUUUGAAAAGGAUCCUGAUGCUUUCUUAUUCUAAUUAUUUCCGCACAAGACAAAACACCCUUUGAUUAAAAAUCCUGACAAAGCUGUGGCUAGAAGUGAUUAUCAUCUUGCAUGUUUCGGUAAAACUGAGAGGGAGCCAUAAGAAGCUGCGGAUCUUGAAGUUUGGGAUAGUCCUUCAGGAGCUGGUCGAGGAAUAUGCAAUCUUGGUAACAAUUACUAUUUACCUGAGAGCUUGACAUAUGGAAGCGUUGAUGCAAAAAAAUAUCUUGCUGGAUAAGCUAGUUUUGUAAUAAAUGAUAUGGAAGUCUUUUAGGUUAAGAAAAAAACAACAACUGCUAAAAUAUCUGAGUGA